CGACUGAAUUGCAGUAUGGCAGCCCAGGGGCGACCUGCUCAACCCGAAGUCGUGGACACGACGUAUCUGGUUCUGGAACAAACCCGACAGGCGAAACGCAAUCAGCGAAAGGAAUUGCAGACAACUAUGAACAAUGCGUUACAGGCUAUUCUCGAUGAACCGGAAAUCAAAGUUGGAUUACCCAAGCUGCAUGAACUGCUGGAAGACGCCCGGUGGGAUACAUUGCACAACCUAAUCGAGGAAAUGAAGAACUGGGACGUGCAGACCACGAUCCCGGAGCCGAAGUCCUUCCUGUUCAACGCCAAAAUUCAACCAAUAUUUGGAGAGAUGCUUGAAUCGAACACCCUCUAUCAGCCCUAUCUUGAGUGUUUCAUAAUGCGGUUCACAGCCAUCAACGAGAAAAUAGUCCCAGAACUGAACACUCCGCUCCACUACGCCGUCGAAUCGCUCAACAUCAGCUUCAUUACGUGGCUCCUGUCCAGAUCAUCCAUCGAAGUCAAUAGUCGCAACAAGCAGAGUAAAACGGCACUGUUUCUCCUUUGUGAGCAAUACGACGCCCUGAUGAAUAGUCCCAAGUUCAAGAAGCGAGCACUGCAACUUACCAAGAGUCCCGUCAAGGUGGAAGACAUACGCCACUGUAUGCUGCAGCUGCUGGAGCACGGAGCGGAUUUCAAUGUCUGUAGCGAUCGUCUCAAACUGCCAUUCGAGCUGCUGAUGAGGAAUUCAUCCGCCGAAAACAAAGCAUUCCUGAAGGAAUGCGUCAAACGCUUCAACGUAGCCAUUGCGAUCGGGAAACGGGCUGAGGCUAAGCAGCUAGUUCUAGGAUUCUACCAAGAAUGGGUACCGAUUAACGUGACAGUUGAACUGCUGGAAAUUCUACUUCGGUUCAAGGAGCAGCAACGGUUCGAACGAGAGUUUCAACAGUUCAAGAUCAACGAGGGAAACGUAAGACCGGUGAUAAAACUACUGCUUCACAUUGCGGUUGAGCUGGAUAUGGAGCGGGCCGUAAAGAAAAUCGUAGAACAUGCGGGUCAGACCAUCUUUCAAACGGUAAAACCCGUAAGCAAAAGAAAAGCGCUUCGAGUUAGCGAACCAGACCUGGAACGUGACGCCAAGACAUCUGAACUGAUUUACCGAGUGGAGUUGAAGGGUCUUCUCAAAAAAGCCUGCGAGCGCGGCAAUGUGGCCACGCUGACCCUACUACUGGCCAACAUCACCGAUCGGGUUCUGGUGAAUGACGAUCCGAUUCUGGUGUUUGCCCUAAACCGCGCCCAAGAGCUCUGGAGGCGCGAGGAAGAACGAGCAAGGGUUCUGCAGUGCGCAGAACUGCUAGCCAAAGAUCAGAAGAUCUAUCUCACUAGGACGGACAAUAAUGGCAACACAGCUCUGCACACGGCGCUGAAAUUUGGCUUCACCGACAUUGCCCUGGAUCUACUGCAGCAAAAGUAUGCCUUUCUCGGAGUUCGCAACAAGGAUAAUCAAACUCCGCUGGACUUUGCGCGGUACGAAUUCUGGAAGAUGUACUUCGACCAGUGCGUGACGAUCGAUAUUAGACGAUCGUACUUCGAUCGGAACGAAAUCCGUCUCAACCUGAAUGGGUUCGAUCCGUACAUCUUCAAGAAACGCCCCACCAAGAAAGCCGUGCCCAAGGACCGCAGUGAGUUGAACUUGUGGCGAAUCGUGGAAAAGGCUUCGUCCUCAAAUGUUUGCCACCAACAGCCGCAGCAGACCUUCGUCACCGAAAUGGAUCCCAUCAAAAUAAUCGCCAAGUCCAAAGAACUAAAACGCCUCCUACUCCAUCCAGUGAUCUACACCUUCAUUCUGGUCAAGUGGCUACGCCUCACCAAAUGGAUCUAUCUCAAUCUGCUCUGCACACUCGCAACUGUAAUCUGCUUCGGAAUGCACUCCCUGGAUUCCUGCAACGAAGACAACAGUCAUUCGAUUGUUCUAGAGGUCUUCACCUGGCUCGGUGCUAUUUACAUGAUCGUACGGGAAGCCGUCCAGAUCCUGUUCCUCCGACAAAAGUACUUCUUUUCGUUUGAAAACUACCUGGACCUUGCAACGAUCAUUGCCAUGAUAAUUGUGCUUCAAAACGGCUGUCGAUCAAUCAUCUCCUCGCUGAUCGUCAUCGCCUUUGCCCUACAGCUCACCGUCCUGAUUGGAUCACUUCCCUUCAACACCCUCUCUACGUACAUGUAUAUGUUCAAAACUGUCUCCGUGAACUUCAUGAAGAGUUUCCUGCUCUUCAUCCCGCUACUCGGUGCAUUCACCUUCAGCUUCUUCCUGUCUUACAACGAUCGCACCAUACCUCGGAACUCCACGGAAGACGAGAUCCCGUUCAACACGUUUAGCACCUUCUCGAGUGCUGCCCUAAAGACCCUAGUCAUGACCACCGGGGAAUACGAAGCCGCCGGGGUAGAUUUCAGCGGUGGAAGGAUCAUCCUAUUUGUGCUAUUCAUCUUCUUCGCCCCGAUCGUGAUCUUGAACUUGAUUAACGGUCUUGCCGUCAGCGACAUCACCGCCAUCAAGGAAGAAUCAGAACUGAUCAGUCUGCGAAAGAAGGUCCUGAUCCUGGAGCUAUACGAACGUGGUCUACGGGAGAUGCCGUUCGAGCUGAUCCGGCGACUGUUUCCGAGCUCGUUCUUCGAGAACCAUUCGUACGUGAUCGUGGUUAAGCCGAAGGAACUCCGGAAGAUUCUGGUGCAGCACAUUAGUCCACAGGCGGAAAGCCAGCAGUUUCAGCAGCGCGGUCAGAAGUUGCCCAAGGGUGAGUGGCGGGUAGUGCCGAACUUGCCCGGUGGGUGGCUCGUCCGAGGAUCGGAGGGGUUCUUUGUGAAUUUGAGAUUUCUAAAAUUUCCGCUGUUUAUGACUCUUGACGAGCACAUUAUGGAUGAAGCGUUGCAAAUCGCUGAUGCGAGUAUCAUGCUGAAGGAGAUUAUGGACAGUAGACGCGUGGAGAUUACUUCCUUGGAUAGCACUCCCACGGAAAUGAAUGAUAAGCUUGAGGAGAUGAGGACAGAGAUUGAGAGGAUGAAUCGGCUGCUGACGAAGGUGAUAAAGCAGGGGAAACCUGUGAAGAGGAAGAUAUCGGUGGAAAAGAAACAAGUGGUGCGAGAAGUCGACGAGCAAGGCGAAACGUUUAAACGCGUUGCCAAAGUGGCGAAAGCCGUGGGGAAGUUUAAAAAGGGUAAGAAGAAAAAGUAGUCAUCUAGACGAUUUUAAAAUCAUUGUUCGGGUAUAGAUUUAUUUUACAAAAAUAAUAAAUGUUUAAGUAUUA